AUGGCUCCACAAGUUGUGCUGAUCACUGGAUGCUCGGCGGGGAUAGGUCUGGCCACCGCCGUGUGUCUAGCAGCGGAGAAACAACAUGAAUUCAAGGUGUACGCAACCAUGAGAAAUUUGGGGUCAAAGGGCAAGCUGGAAGCUGCAGCAGGUAGCUCCCUUAACAAGACGCUCUUCAUCCGGGAACUCGACGUCACCAAGCAGGACACCAUCUCGUCCGUCGUUGACGAGAUCUUGCGGGAAAAUGGGAGAAUUGACGUUCUGGUCAACAAUGCUGGCUUCAGUGGUGUUGACGCCAUCGACAAGAGAUCCAUUGAGUGGUGUCAGAGCCUGAUGGAUACCAACUACUGGGGCGUGGUCAGAUGCACCAGGGCCGUGUUACCACCGAUGAAGAAGCAGAAAUCUGGCCGAAUAUUGAAUGUAUCAAGCGUCUCCGGUAUCCUAGGUACCCCUUUCUACGCCACCUACGCGUCUAGUAAAUUCGCCGUUGAGGGAUUCUCUGAGUCCAUCGCGGCAGUGUUGCGUGAUGGUUACAAUAUCAGGGUAAGCAUCGUCGAGCCGGGUCCGGUAGUCACCGACCUCAUGACCAAUCUCGUGACAAACCUGGAGGAGCAUGCGGCGGGCUUCAACGACGACAAGCUGAAGGAGAUGUACCUGGCCCAGGCUAAGAACAUGCAACCCAUCGUAGACAUGGUGGCCCAGAGCACGAAUGAGAUAGCCAAGCUGCACCUAGAGAUCAUACUGAGCGAGAACCCGCACCUGCGGUACCAGACUAGUCCGGCUAUGACUAAGAUGGUGGCGGACAAGUUGAAGGAUCCUACUACGGACGCACUGCUGGAUGCGCUCAAACAGUAUGGAUCCUAGACGAAGGAUGUCAUCCAUUAGCCGUAUUGAGAUGCGGUGGACACAGCAGGAGGGCGCUGUUUGGUUUGGGUAAAAGGCUCAGCGCCUUCUAUUAUUGUGUCCGCCAUGUCUCAAAAGGCUAAUGAAUGUAUACAUUUUUGAAGUAAAGACCGAAGUGGUUGUGAUAUGAUUUUCAC